AAUUGGAUGUGUUGCCUUGGACCUCUCUACCUCUCUCUCGAAUACUCCACCGCCCACUGCCCGCCGCUUAUCCCCGCCGCCCGCCGCUUUGCCACCGCCCUAGCCCCCCAGCGCAUCGCCCUAUAAGAAGGGUCCCGGCCGCCGAAUCACCACGAGGGGUCGUUCCGGGGAGGAGCUGCGUGCGGCAACUGGAAGAGCGGCGGCACACGCAGUGCGGGGGAGGCGGAGAUGACCACAGCCGGUGCGCGGGGUAGAUUUGGCCGGCCUCUUCCAGUUUUCCGUCCGCUCAGAUGCGACCGUGAUGUGCUUCUUCAUCACCGCCAUCAUCCUCUGCUGAGCCGAGCCGUCAGAAGUAGAGAGUCAAGCGGCUGGAGAGAGCGUUGCUGGAGAGGCAGACACAUCAAAUCUGAUGCUGCCCGCAGCUUUGUCUAUGCUGUUAUGAAGAUCAGCUUGGCCCUGAAGAAGUUAUUUGAGGAUGGCGUGGUUAAGCAUGAAGAUCUGUUCAUCACCUUUAAGCUAUGGUUCUGUGCACCUAAAGAUGUGCCAGAGGCAAUUGUCGCCACCCUUAAAGAGCUUUUACAGCACCUUCUGUGUGAUCUUGUCCGACCACCUCCUCCUGUACUAUCUCCUCAAUCGUGGUGAUACUAUAUUUUGCUUGCUUUUCUUUUGGUGAUACCAUUCAUCUUCUUGCAGCUUCUCUAAUGGAUUAAAUUGUUCUUUCAGACUUAUAGUAGGAAUAUUUUGAUAGUUGUGAAUCGAUUUCAAAGACUUCCCCUCCUCAAUAACAAGCACAUGAUGGGAAUUUACAAA